AUGACGAAUACACAAAGUAAUACCCCGCCUCAAGCUCCCCAAGAGGGCGACAGCUCAAGUAGCAACACAGGCACCACCCUCGACGCAAUCAUCACCGCCCCCAUCCUCAGCCUGCGCUCAAUGCUAUUCUCGCUCUACGCAGAGGGCGACCCCGACCUGAGAGCGCGCAUCGAUGAACUGGCUGCCGCCUUCAGAAAUCUCCCCGCUUGCCGUGUCGAUAACAUGGAGCCUCAUCCUGACGCGCAGAAUAUUGCAGCGCCCUUGGACAGGGAAGGAAGCCCAGUGCAGACACUCAAGGUCUGUAAUCACUGCUUCGAGGUUUUGAUGCAGAUUGUCAAUACGAGCAAGACGCAUGUUGCUAUUUUGGAGAACUAA